AUGGCCGUUCUCUCUCGAAUCAUCGAGGACUCAGCAGACGAGGAGCAGGUGGCUGACGCGGUGGUCAUCCGCGGCCGCUCGGCGUCUGCGCCGUCGUGCUUCGUCUACGAGGAAGAAAUCAGACCAGUAAAUGUCCCCCUGGAAGAAAAGCCCAAGAAGAGCAAGAGGAAGGCGAAGAAGAGAAAGAAGAGGCAGGACGAGAAGCUCUCCUCGCCCCUCAAAGACGAUCGUGUGAAUACCGAGAAACCACUGACAUCGGCUUCAUCUGAAGCAUCUCUUAUACGAGGGAGACCUUACUUGGAGAACUUGCUAACUAUGAAAUCGCAGGUUACCCCCGUUGUCGACGGGCCUCUCAUCAUCGAUGGGGCCUGUGCUGCCAGGCCUUCCCGGGCAGAGAUGUUGGCUGUCGAGGAGGAAGAGGCUGUCGCUGGUUCUGGUCAUACAGUUGUCGAAAUGGCUGAUGGCUCUCGGUUCAAUUUCCCUGUUGCACCAUCUUCACAUCGGCAUAUGGGGUCCUCCCCAAUGCAUUAUGAUUCACAUGAUGUGGAUCAGACAUCUUGGUUUACUCCUCUAAAUGAAGGGGGUUACCCUUCAUAUGAUGUGAGAGGAGCGGGGAUGCCCUCCGGAGUUUCAUUUCAGACCUCUCACACACACUCAUAUUCUUCAGGAGGGCCCCUGGAAUACUCAUCCUCCUCUAUGAUGGGCUCCUAUGUGUAUGGAUCAGCUUCAGAUCCUGGUCAACCAGGACGAAUUCACCCCCCGGAACCUUCCUCCAAACACAUUCACACCCCAGACAGUGAGAAAUAUCAUCAUGAAAACUCAUCAAUAAGCCCUCCUGUUGAAGGUCAUACAGGUCAUGUCUCAAGUCCAGGCAAAGAAUCUACCGCCGAAACCCUGAGCUCUGUCACUGAGCCUGGUUCACCAUCAGCCAGGCCCGAUGGAGACUCCCGCGUUGCAGAUUCGUUUAGCACGACCCCUAUUCAGGAAGCUAGUGAUGAAUCCACCUUGAUUCUCAAUCCUGGACCAGAAUCUAUCUCAAAUACUACCGAGCCUCUAGCUGAUACAGCUCCUCGUGUCUUCCCCACGCCAAACAAGGUCACUUAUAUCAUUGUGAACAACGACUCGAAACAGACCAAAGAUAAACAGCACUCUGCUGAAACUCGCAACAGCCAGAUUGACAAUGAUAUGAUACCACCUCUAUCCACCCAUUUGCAAGACACGUUUGCAUCUGGGAAGUUCUCUGACUCUCAGAUUGUGCUCAACUCAGCCGGUGAAAUGUUCUGGUCCAUCACCUUCAAUGCCCACCGCGUCAUCAUCGACCAAAACCCCGUGCUUAGCUCCAUGCUACACCGAGUAGCAGCUUUGGAGCAGUCAAAGUCGACCCUUUAUCUGAUGGCCGGGAAAAAAUUUGCUCUUCCUCGUGCGGUCGAGUUUGCUCUACAAAAUCUUUAUGGUAUGUCCUUGAUCGACAAAGAUAGUAUCGAUCAGUUCACACGAAAGGCUCUUGGAUGGGACACGAGUGGUGCUGAGAAGCUGGCUGCCGAGAAGAUGAAAGAAGUGGCCAUGGACCUUACUUUGUGCUAUGGUGCUGUGGGUGCGUUUCUGAACGAUAUUCGCAUUGCGCAUGCAGCCUUUGAACUUGCUCUUCAGUCGCUGGAUUGGACGAAUUUGGAAAUCGCAUUGCAUUUUGGUAUCUAUCCGGAGGAUUUUCUGCUGAGCUACGAUGACAGCAACGAAAAGGAACACGAGCGGAAAGCCAAAAAGGGAAAGAAAGGCAAGAAAAAGUCUCACAAGAAAGCUACUGAGGCUGAGUUGCCGCCUAUUCAUGACAAUCUGAACGCCCAAGUCAUUCAGAAAUGGGCUCCUAAAAUUGCUUCGGCCGCUAUUCAGUUCCUCGUAGAUAACCUACCGGCUAACUUCCUCUUCGACCGUCUGGCUCUAUCGAAGGAACUUCAAGAUCGCAUCCCUCGUAAUCUACGCACUGGUUGCAGCAUUGCAACUCUGAACCCAAAUCUCACAAGCCUGACAUUCGGGCACCACCCGCAGCCCAGCAUGAACUGUACCCGUGCCUCGGCUGUUCUGUUGGCACUUCCAUAUCUGCGAUUGCGCGAAUGCUUCGAAGCAUUCCGCCAGAAGAGUGGGUUGUUUCUGACAUCAGACCUUCUCAAGUCCAUUUUGCAAGAACGCGAGCAGCGUCGCUCGCAUGCAUUGAGGGAGUGGGUUAAGAAGAACAAAAAAAACAAGAACAGCAAAGAUUAUCCCGAAUGGUUCAAGCAGGAGCUGGGAUACCAGGAAUUUGCGAUUCAAGUUGAGACGCGUGUGGAGGGGGGCUUGAGUGAUAAUGAGAAGGGCGUUGAGUUUUCGCUUCAUCGCGAGUGGAAGGGGAAUGCCGAUGGAGGGCCGGUUAUUCGCAAGUUUGCUAGUUAG